AUGUUUAAAAAAGUAAUAAAGUUUCUUUACUCUUAAAAAAUUGAUUUGCAUUCUGAUAUUCUUAGUUUAAAAGAAAUUUAGUCUGCCAUAAAAUCUGUGGUAGAGACUCAUGAAGAGAAAUUUAUUUAGUAAAUAAAAGUAGGAUAAUAUAAUCCUUAAUUGUGGUUGAAAAUCAAGAGACAUUAUAUUGAGCCAAAUGAUGCAAUUAGAAUUAUAAAAGUAUUGGGAGAAUAAGAUUAAGCUUAAAGAAAUUAAUUACUUAAUAAAAUAUAAACAACAUAAGAAUUAAUAAAGAAUGACAUUUAUAAUUAUUUUAUUAAAUAUUUUUCAAAGAAGUAUGAAAAAUUGACAUUUAGUUAAAUUGCAAUAAUAUUAGAAUAAUAUGCUUAUGUCAAAAGAUUUGAUUAAGAUUUUUUUCGAAUAAUGGAAAAUGAAAUAUAUGAUAGAUUAUCUGAUAAAAAUGAAAUAAUAAAUUAUUAAGAUAUAGAAAAAAUAUUAUGGGCUUAUUAAUAUUGUCAUUAUGGUUCAGCAAUUCUUUAUGGUUAAUUAGCAUCAGUGAUAAAGAUUGCUUAACAUGAAAUAAAUCCUAUGAAAUUAGCUUAUUAUUCAUAUUUAUAUUCUAAAUGCCCAGACAAUCAAAAAGGAGGAUUUGGAAUAUAUGCAGUAACAGAGAAAUAAGUUUAGUAAAGAAUAAGAGAUUAUAGUUUUUCAGAUUUUAUUAAAUUAGCAUAAUAUAUAUUUAUACCAAAUAUAUGUUCAAAUGCAUUUUAAUUAGUAAUAGAAGAACAAUUAGCUGAAUAAUUUCCAUCUAAUAAAAAUCUAUUACCUCAUGAUUUAGUUAAAUUAUGUAGAGCAACAAUGAAUUAUUAUUUUAAAUAUAAUGAUAAAUCUCUUUAGCAUAAAAUAGAAGUAAUAUAUAAUUAUGUUAUCAUUUAAGGGAGCUUGUAUUGAAUUGAUAGAUAAAGUUAAUGAUAAAUAAUUUUGUUCAAUUUUUUGGAGUUUUCUUAAAUCAAGAAAAGGAAAUGCAGAAUUAUAUAAUAAGUUUUCAAAAUAAUUAAUAGUGAGAUAAAAUUUAUUAUCAAUUAGAUAAUUGACUCUAUUAUAUUUAAAUGCUUCAAAUAAUUCUGAAACUUUUGAUUUAACAAAAUUAUUGAAUGAAAUUAUAAUUAAUAGACUUAAUAAAGACUAAUAAUAAUAAUAAUAGAUUAAACCAACUUAUUUAGCAUAUUUAACAAUUGCAUCUAUGUAAUCAAAACUUUAAAUACCAAUCUAAUUAACAUCUGAUCAUUUAAAAUAGAUUUCAACUCCUUUAAAAGUAGCAAUAUUAUAAACUCUUUAAAUGUCAUUACCUCAUUUAGAAUAAAUUAAAUUAUCAAUUUUACUUAUAUAAAAUCUUUAGGAAAUUGAAUUACCAUAUGAAGAUUAAGUCAUUUUGAAUUAUUGUUAGAGAUACUUUUAUAAAUUCUGUUAAUAAUAAUAAAUUAAAAUCAAAUAAUCUAUACAUAAAUCAUUAUUUCAUUAGGCUUUAUAUCUUGAUCCAAAGAAUGAACAUCUUCAUAAUUAAUUAAUAGUUUUAAAUUAAUAAUAUAAAGAUGAAAUGAGAUUCUUUUUUAAAUAAGAUAAUUGGGUUGUUAUCUCUUGGUGUUUAUUAUAAGAACAUUUAUUAACAAAAGAAAGAAUAAUAAAGAAAGAACUUAUACAGGAAGCAUGUAUGGGUAUUAAGGAAUUAGAUAUAAAUACCAUUUUUCAUAUUGAUAAAUAUGUAGAGAGUUUAUGGAUGGUAAUAUUAAUUGAGAAACUCAGUUUAGAAGUAGGAAUUGAAAAAAUCUCUUAAUUUAUUAAAGUAUCUCAUUAUGCUUAAACAUCUGUUUUAUUAAAUAAUUUCAAAGAUUCCUAAUUAUUAGAACUAAAAGAUGUGCUAAAAUAAUCUUUACAAUAAUAAUGCAAAGAUAUUAAUUUAAAAUAAGAAUACAAUCAAUCUUAUAUAAAUAUGUUUGAUUAAGGAAUAGGAAUGAUGCUUCAUGUUACUCAUUUAAUAAAAACUAAAACAUAAAAUUUAAAAUUUGGUUUAAUAGUUUUAGAUCCUUCAGAUUUUGAAUUAUAAUUAAAUGAAGAAAAAAACAUUUAAAUUAGAUUAGGAGAAUAAGAUUAUAAUAUUUUGAAACAUUUAAGAAAAGAAAGAUAAAUAUAAAAACUUAUAUAUGAAUAAGUAUUUGAUUGGAAUGUAGAAUAUAUAUAUCUUGAUGAAUUUUAAAAAUAUAGUAUAGAGUAACAAUUAGAAUAUUUUACUAAUGUUUUUGGAUUGAAUCCUCUUGAUGAAAUUGAUAUAGAAUAGACUACAGAAAAAAGAUCAAAGAAGGGAUUAAACUUUUAGGAUAAAUUGAAUGCAUUAAAAUAAUAAAAAAAUAGAAAUAGGUAUGAAUAAACAGAGACUAAUGAUCUAAUAGAAAAUGAUCUUAAUUUUGAUUAGUGA